GACAAUGAAUGUUGUGUUAGUUUAUUUGGCAGUGACAUGCCUAACAGUUAUAAAGUGCAGUGGGGAGGAAGUAUUGCUAACUGAUAUUUCGUCAGACAGUGUUUUGGAGCAUGGUGUUCCCAAUGUGACAAGUUUGCCAAAUAACAUUUUGACAGUCAUUGGAGAGGCCACUGACUAUAUCGGCAAUGCAUCGCAGACCUUAACCUCUUGUCCACAGGCAUUUGGUGUAGAAGGCAUUUUUGAAAUUAAUGUUCCUGGCCUCGAUCCGUUCCCAGUCCUAUGUGAUGCUCAAAUAGCAGGAGCAGGAUAUACAGUGAUCGCAAGUCGAUCAAAUGUAGAGCUGAGUUUCUUUAGAAAUUGGACGGAAUACAAACGAGGAUUUGGAGAUUUUUCGGGAGAUUUUUUCAUAGGUCUCGACAAACUGCAUGCCAUCACGAAAUCACAAACCUAUGAGUUAUACGUUCAUUUGGAGGACUUUGAAGGAAACACUCGAUUUGCUCGCUACGACGAAUUUUACAUUGAAAGUGAAAAUGAAUCGUAUAAGCUGAGCAAAUUGGGCACCUUUACUGGAGAUGCCGGAGACUCAUUAACAAGACAGAAGGGUGCUCCUUUUUCAACUUACGAUAAUGAUAACGCUUCGUAUUCUCAAAACUGUGCAAUAAUUCGUGUCGGUGCAUGGUGGUACACCGACUGUUCCGAUAGCAAUCUGUUCGGAGUCUAUAUGAGAGUUGGCUUUAGUACUAUAGGAAUUUAUUGGCGUCUUUGGAUGGGAGAAUAUUCCUAUCAAAAUGUAAAAAUGAUGGUGCGCCCCAAAUAUUCUUGUAAUUUAAUUUAACGAAUUGCAAAUAUACGAAUUUUGUUUAUUCUU